UCCUCUUUCGCUGCGCAUUGCUUCUCCAAUCUUCUUAGGGUCAGAGACGAUCUGAAUCCGAUAUACAUAGAAUCAGUUUCGCGCUGCUCAGAUCUUCGAGUUUUUCCACUCACUCAACGUACUUUUUGACGCUCUAUAAUGGAAUUAAGAUCUGCAACGAAGCUACAGUGCCAACGUAUUGGCUGCAACGCCAUGUUCACCGAUGACGACAAUCCAGACGGUUCUUGUCGGUUUCAUGCCUCUGGACCUUUUUUCCAUGACGGAAUGAAAGAAUGGAGCUGCUGCAAGCAAAGAAGUCACGAUUUCACUUUGUUCUUGGAAAUUCCUGGAUGUAAGACAGGUAAACACACAACUGAGAAACCAGUUUUGGCCAAACCGGCUCCAAGACAGCCUGUCACGGUUCCUACUUCAUCUCCACAUGCCAAUGCUUCAACAAAAGACUCUUGCUCCAGAUGCCGCCAAGGCUUCUUCUGCUCAGACCAUGGCUCCCAGCCCAAAGAACAGACCAUGCAGAAUUCCCUGAACACACCAGUACAAGUUCAAGAAGAAAAGACUGAGUCCUUAGCCCCAGCUCCGGUUAAAAAGGUUGUUAUAGACAUUAAUCAACCGCAAGUGUGCAAAAACAAAGGAUGUGGCAAAACGUUCAAGGAGAGAGACAAUCACGAGACUGCUUGUAGCUAUCAUCCAGGUCCUGCGGUCUUCCACGACAGACUGAAAGGGUGGAAGUGUUGCGAUGUUCACGUGAAAGAGUUCGACGAGUUCAUGGAGAUACCUCCUUGUACCAAAGGUUGGCACAGCAGCAGCAGCGCCGAUCAAGCGGUCUGAUAUGUUUCCAUUUGAUUUUCAAAAGAAUUAUUACCAUCUUAUGGAACAAUAUCAUCGAUAACAGAUAAUAUGUAAUGGUUAAAAUGCUCAUUGUAUUGUUUUCAAUGCUUCCUUCCAUAAAGAUAUGGAUAAAUGUUUGUAUGCUC